UAGAUGCCCCACAAGUAUUGGCGGGGUGAUGUCCUGCCCCUGUUCUCCCCAGAGUUUGGAGCAAGACACGGCAAUGGACUAUCAGACCAAGCGCAUAUGUCAAGAAGUAGUAGUAAAUGGAAAUUGGACCCAAAUUUUGGCAUUUACACACUAAAUCGCAACAUCUGCGUAUGUACCCGAAUCAAAUCACAAGGUUACGCACAUCAAAGCUAUUGUUAUCCACGACGGAAGUAGAACAUGGCACCUCGUCUAGAAGGGAAAGUUGCCAUUGUCACUGGUGCAGCCAGUGGCUUCGGUAAAGGUAUCGCGAUUAAGUUCAUUGAGGAGGGCGCCAAAGUCUUGGUGGCCGAUCUGUCCGCUGAAGCAGGACAAGCGGUGGCCAAAGAGCUUGGAUGUGCAUUUUCAGUCGCGGAUGUGACCAAGAAAGACGAUUGGGAUCGAUUGCUGAAGGAUGCCUGUGGCCAAUUCGGAAAGCUUGACAUUGUCGUCAACAACGCCGGCGCGACAUACGCCAAUAAACCCACCGAGGAUGUGACCGAGAAAGAUUUCGACCUUGUUAUGAACGUCAACGUCAAAUCGAUCUAUCUCUCCACAAAUGUCCUGUUGCCGUACUUUCUCGAGAACAAGCGACCUGGGUGCUUUAUCCAGGUUGCUUCCACUGCAGGAAUUCGACCGCGACCACGGCUAACGUGGUACAAUGCCUCCAAAGCAGCUGUUAUCAACGCAACGAAGACGAUGGCGGUCGAGUACGGGCCACACCAAAUCCGCUUUAAUUGCGUUUCUCCCGUCGUCGGGAGUACUGGAAUGACACAUCUGUUCAUCGGGAAGCCUGACACGGAAGAAAACCGAGCAGCGUUUGUGAGCACAAUCCCACUAGGUCGUCCAUCCACACCGGCCGACGUCGCAAACUCGUGCUGCUACUUGGCGAGCGAUGAAGCUCAGUUCAUUACCGGUGUCAACAUCGAGGUGGACGGAGGACGAUGCGUCUAAGCAAGCGGCUGAUCGAAUGCAUUGUACAACUAAAUCGCAGAAUAGAUGUGUCAAGCUACACCAAGAUCUCAACCAAAUGAUGGGACAUUUUUCUCAAUAGCAUGAGCUCGCAGUCCUACGUUACAACAAGCCCGUGAAUGGCACAAGAAUUGCCGCGCUGUUGUGAUUUAUAAGCAUCCAUGGAAGUUUUUCUUGAGACUGUGGUCAGAAUGAAGACGUCAUUAGACUUAUAUCUCCGAUUGCCGCAAUGCAACAGGCACGCUGCAAACACUCAGCGGAUUGUUUUCAUCUGGUUUCUGAAGAAAUCCUUGCAAUCCGAAUCAUAAACCACUUGACUAACUGUAUGCUUUCUGCUGAACGUAUUUCUCAUUAGGUACCUGUGCUGGCAAGUGUGAACUUAUAGAUUGAAGUAUUCAUUGAAAAGGUCUAAUGCCUCAAAGGCGAGGCGCGGAAAUUUUAUAGUGAGUUCUAGGUCACUGGUAUGGCCUGUGAUUGACCUUGACUUGAUGACUUGACGUUAGGAAAUUCUCUUAUUGUCUACGCGAAA